GGCGGCGGCGGCGGCGGCGACCCCAAGCAGGAGGCAGGGGCCAGCGAAGGGGGCGUCGGCGGAGGGGCGAAGGGGCCCAGGUUUUCUGAUCUCGGGGGGAUGGAGUCCGUGAUUGACGAGCUAAUGAUGGAGGUUGUGGUUCCCCUGUGCCACCCGGAGCUGCCGCUGCGGCUUGGGGUUCGGCCUGUGGCGGGGAUUCUGCUGCACGGGCCGCCGGGCUGCGGGAAAACCACGCUCGCCCACGCAAUCGCCAACGAGACCGGCGUGCCAUUCUACAAGAUAUCGGCGCCGGAAGUCGUAUCUGGUGUCUCUGGAGCUUCUGAGGAAAAUAUCAGAGUCUUGUUUAAGAAGGCGUACAGAACUGCUCCCUCAAUUGUAUUUAUAGAUGAGAUAGACGCAAUUGCAUCCAAGAGGGAGAAUUUGCAACGUGAAAUGGAGCGACGGAUAGUUACACAGUUAAUGACAUGCAUGGAUGAAUUCCACCAGAAUGUUGGAUCAGAUGGUGGUGAGUUGGACUCACAAUCAUCUGAAAAGAAGCCUGGCUAUGUCAUUGUAAUUGGAGCUACCAAUAGGCCUGAUGCUGUUGACCAAGCGCUUCGGAGACCAGGGAGGUUCGAUCGAGAGAUAUCUCUUGGUGUUCCAGAUGAGAUUGGACGGAAACAGAUUUUGAAGAUGCUUACUCAGAACCUAACAUUGGAGAAAGACCAAUUUGACCUGUUCAAGAUAGCAAGGGCUACACCAGGAUUUGUUGGCGCAGACUUGAAGGCAUUAGUAGAUAAAGCAGGGAAUCUGGCAAUGAAGAGAAUAAUUGUUGAAAGAAAAAAACAGAGUGGUGGGGGUGAUCUAAACAACAAGCAGGACUGGUGGAGACAUCCUUGGAGUGAAGGUGAGAUGGAUAGCCUAUGUAUCACUAUGGAUGACUUUGAGGAAGCAGCCACAAUGGUUCAACCAUCAUUGAGAAGGGAAGGAUUUUCUUCUGUGCCUGAUGUCACAUGGGGAGAUGUUGGAGGUCUGGAUUCGUUAAAGAAAGAAUUUGACCGGUGCAUUGUUCGUUGUAUCAAGCACCCUGAAGUUUAUAAGGACUUUGGAGUGAACAUGCAAGCUGGGUUUUUGCUGUUUGGACCUCCAGGCUGUGGGAAAACACUAAUAGCAAAAGCAGUUGCACAUGAUGCAGGGGCAAAUUUUAUUCACAUUAAGGGACCUGAGCUACUGAACAAGUAUGUUGGGGAGAGUGAAUCAGAAGUAAGGAAAAUAUUCACCCGCGCAAGGAUUAACUCCCCAUGCAUCCUAUUUUUUGACGAGAUAGAUGCUCUGACAACAAAAAGAGGGAAAGAGUCUCCUAAACCAGGUUUGAACAUUUUACUUGUUGAACUCGAUGGUGCUGAUCAGCGUCAUGGUGUUUAUGUUAUUGGAGCUACGAACAGAAUUGAUGUUAUAGACGAGGCUGUUCUACGGCCCGGUAGAUUUGGGAAGAAACAUUUUGUACCUUUACCUGGUGCUGAUGAGCGGGUUGCAAUACUGAAAGCACAUACUGAAAAGAAAACUCUCUCGGAAAAUGUUGAUUUGAACGCAAUUGCACGCCGAGAGGAGUGCAAUAAUCUCACUGGUGCUGACCUGGCAUCACUGGUGAACGAAGCAGCCAUGGCAGCAUUGGAAGAGAGGUGCGAAUUCCUGGCUAAAGGGGACUCGUCGAUGAGUACUGACUUGACUAAUAAGAUUAAACUGCGGCACUUUGAGCAUGCUCUGUCUAAAGUAAAGCCCUCGGUAUCAGAACAGCAAAGGAAGCACUUCGACGCAUUGUCAAAGAAAUAUUCGGCCAACUGAUCCACCGUCGUACUUACAAGGACUAUACUGCAGUUUUGUUGUUUUGUUUUUGCGCAUACGAUAGCUUAGCGUAGAGAUUGCGCGGGCGACUCUCCACUGAAGCUAUACAAUUUUGGUAGUGAGGAGCUUUUUUCGGUGUUUGGAAAAUAUGAACUCAUUAUGCUUGUUGUACGGCGUCGACUGGUGCUUGAUGAACCAAUCCCCUUUGUAAUGUUUGGAAUCACGAAGAAACUUUGUGUGAACAGUGAACAUUCUUUAUCAAUUCACAAUUCUCUCAUUGGAACC